AUGCUCCCCUCCCUCCGCGCCUUGAACGCCGAAGCAGGCCCCUCCCGCCCCCGCCCACCCCCUUACGUCCCCCGGAACGUCGAACGGACAUAUACCGGGCCCGACCCCGCCUCGCUCCCUCCCAAGCGUGACAGAUCGCAAGCGGAGAAAUACUUUGCGAGGGUGUCGAAUGAGAAUAUACUGCCUAGUAAAUGGAGUAAAGUGAUUGGGAUAGGAGGCUGGGUGGUGGGUGGAUUUGCGGUAGUGUAUAUGGCAUUAUAUGCGGACUUUGGAAAACAUGAGCAUGUCUUCUCACCACUGAGACGAGCGUUCAAAUCAUACACCCACGACCUGGACACGCUCUCACCGGCUGAGCGGUCUGUCCUGGGUAUGGACACUCCACCUCGACCAGCACCCAGUGGCCUAUCAGCGAGUCUUCGCGAACCGACCAAAAAGCCACCAACAUAG